AUGAAUAGAGAUGACAAGAAACGUACGCAAAGGACAUUAGGCAAUAGUGAUAUUCAACAAGAAAAUAAUUCCAUUCGUCCACCUUGGCCCGAACCAAUUCCUCGUGAUUUAAAAGAAACUCGUUUACAACAGUUUUUAGAACAGAUGUCUAUGUCAGUACUGGCUGAAGCUACUUGUGCAGUUUGUAAUAUUCGUACCCCAACAAAAGAUUCGAAGAAAAUACCAAUUUCAAAAAUUCCUAAUAUU